AUGGGAGGUGAGGAGGUGCUCAAGACCCGGAAUAUGCUGGUCCUUGCUAACCAGCUGAUGCCUCAUUUACGUUCAAGAAUGAGUCCGGAAAGCUUUGAAGAAUUCAGAAAGGAUGUGGUGUCCAACAGCAAGCGAGAUGGGGACCUUCACAGCCUUUUGAUGUCGAGACCCUCCCGGUUCUCGAUGUCGAUGUUGGUAUCCGAGCAAGAGAAUGCGAAAAGGGACCAGCUCGAUGCUGAGAAUAAAAAGAUCGAGGAGACUUUAGCCCAGAAAGCAGAUGUGGACGCGGCACAGUGGAGCUAUUUCUGUGGUGCGCUCAAGCGGGAUCAUUCCAAAAUGGAAACGGUCCAGUCUGCUCCCCGCCUUGAGUGCUAUCUUCGAGUCCUUUCCUUGGACAAAAUGGAGCAUGCACCAGGUGAGAUUUCGAAGAUGAAGCAGCAUGUGGCACCUUUGGCUUGUGUGAACCUGUGUUCAUUUGCUGCCCAAGCCAAAGUCAGUGUCGAUGACGUGCACGUCGUUGGAUAUGCAGACUUCAACGCGCCAGGUGCCCGACAGUCGAGCAAGGCAGACAGCCUUGCACUGGGCGUGUCCCUGUGCAACAGUAUGGGCGAUGGGAAGAAAAAUUGCUGCUUGAUUUUCACACCGGACCUACCGAAGGAGUCAUCCUUGAGGGGGCUUUGGGAUGAAGAGAAGAUGAUCAUGGAGGCGCUUUUUGGAUUGAAGCAAUUGCCAGACUGGCCUUUCAUUGACCUCUACACGAGGGAUGCGCGUGGUGAGGCCAAGUCUACUAUGCGCAGAUGGGGCGCUGGUCGAAUAGUGGUAUCCAAUGAGGUAAAGACGGACAACGUGUGGCUCGAUUCUGAGUUGGCCAUUUGUGGACGGCCAGUCGGCCGGUCCGAAUCCGAGGGUGGUGCGCCCUGCUCUUUGCUUCCUCGCUCCAAUGCACUACUACUCCCAGAGGGCGCAUCUGCAGAGUCAGACAUCAAGCUCGCAGACCGCACACGACCUUCGCCAGAGCAAACUGCUGCUCAAAAAGGACAAGGGCGCCUUCAGAUGAUCCUCGAGAGCCUCUUCAGACACACAUCAGUGCGAGGGCCUGUUCUGAUAGUUAAUUUGACUGGCUAUGUCGAGGAAUUGGCCGCCGCAGAAAUGAAAGAGAUUCCUGGCGCCGAUGCUGUGAAAUCCGUGGACUCCAUGAAGCUCGAAGUUCUGGUGAGGGACGGAACGAAGAUUGUGAUUCAUCCAGACCAGGUGCGCAUGUGGAAGUCGAAGGGUGAGAAGUACGAGGCCGAUUUCCUCGAGUUGAGCAAUCAGCAUACUGAGAAGUACGAGGGAAUGCUUGCCAGUGUGAUUCAACAAUCUGCCGCCGGCGCUUCUUCCACUUCAGCAAUGGCCGAGGUGGAUGAUGAACCUCCUCCAGAGGUAGAGGAAGGUCCAGAGCCAGAGCUGGUGUCCUUUGAAUCUUUGGCAAAGCUUGAAGCUGCCGACCCGGUGGCUGUCAGGGUGAGCUCGGAGGUGGCCGGAGUUGAGCUGUUGAAGACAGUGGACCGCAGCAGCAUCUUGCCGGAGCAAACCCACCAAGAAGUGAUGACGCUCUACAAGUUCUUGACCCUUUUGGAAAGGGUCAAGCGCAUCACCGAAUACAAAAUCAGCUACAGCGAAUGCGCUCGCUCGGGGCAGGGGCCUGCCGAUACUUUCAAUAUUUGCUUGAAGCAUCCUCACAAGUACAAGCUCUUGAAUACUUCUGAGAGGUCCAGCUCAAAGAGCUUUUUCGCAAAGAGCAUUGACGAGAUCGAGAGGUCUUCUGUCGCAGCCAAGGUGUUUCGUUUCCGAUUUGAGAGAGUCACUGGAUGCGUGAAGAUCCAGAAGCCCUAUGUGAUGGUUGUGAAAGGUAUGACCUUGCAGCCUAAUGUGCCGAUCCAGAUUGGGUGA